ACAGCACAUAAUACCGUAUACAUAGAUGUCUAUAAAUUUUAAGGGGGGCUUGAUAGAGUCUCUAAGGUCAUUGCUUAAGAUUGCUCACUCGAGCGUGCAAAAAAAUAACAUAGCAACAACGAUAAGCGACAGCGAACGAGCAGAGCCGACCACGGAUGGAGAUCUGUUCAGUUUGCGGAGAUCAUUCCACAGGGCGGCACUAUGGAGCCAAUACUUGUGAAGGUUGCAAAUUAUUUUUUAAGCGAAGUAUCAAGAAACGGCUGUACUACACUUGUAGGGUGGCAGGAUGCUGUCCAGUGAACAAGCGCUUUCGGAAUAGCUGCCAGUAUUGCAGAAUGAGAAAGUGUCUAACGGUGGGGAUGAAAAGGGAAGCUGUACAGCAAACCAGAACGAAUGAGUUUGAAAAGGGAAGAAAAAGACACCGUAGCCGCCAGCCGUUGAAAGGGGAUAUCCGAAGAGAGGCAGAUUUUGUGUCCUUGUCGGACUUUGUUUACCAUUUGCAGGCUGUUGAGCCUUAUCAAAGGCCGCCGGAGACUAAAAGUGAUACAAGAUCGAUUGCAGAAGACAGCACGGCAGCCAGAAGUGAAAGCGGCAGCGUACACGUCGCCACCAAAUUACCAGCAGAAAGCACCACAGAGAUCGCCGCCCGGUUGUUGUUCAUGUCAAUACAUUGGGCAAAGAACGUUCGCCACUUCGCUGAACUGUCGCAUAUCGACCAAGUGAGCCUCUUGCAGGAAAACUGGUGUAAAAUAUUCGUCAUAAACCUGGUUCAAUGGGCGAUGCCUUUCGAAUUAGCCCCGCUGGUUGCUGAUGUGAUGGAAAAAACAGCGAGCGAACAUGUGGAUAGAGUUCUUCAUAACAUGGGGAAGUUGAAUGAGGUUGUUUUCAAACUUGUGCAGCUCGGUUUGAACAGAACAGAGUUUACCCUUUUGAAGGCCCUGGUACUUUUUAACCCAGAUAACGACCAACUCACCGACUUGGUUCAGAUCCAAGCAAUUCAAAACAAGACGAGGAAUGCUCUCGAAGAAUACGUGCGCUUGAAUCGCCCGGAGUCGUCUGGUCGCUUUGGUCAGCUACUCAUCAAACUUACGUCUUUAGGAGCUGUGGAGCCACAUAUCAUUGAGCAUGUGUUCUUCAAUAAACUUAUUGGUGGCGCGUCCAUUAACAACCUAGUCGACGACAUUCUAAGAGCAAACACACUUAUCUCGCACGCAAAAAACUCGGCCGUGUGAACAAGCAAAGGAUGCUAACUGUUUUUGCUAUAACUGAAGCCUAUUUCACAAUAUUUUAAAACAUUUGUCACGAAUUGACAUGAACUACAAACGCCAAAAUCUUAACUAUACGCAAACCAUGAGAACGCUGCUUUCACUCCAGGUAGUCUUUAAGCGAAAAUUGUUACGAGAAGAUUCUUAUUUUUCUCGCCCUCAGACUUUGCCUAAUCAACUCUUUGCGCACUUUUUCUUUUCGGCGUUUGCGCGCGCCAUAACAGAGGAGGCAAAGAAGAGGUAACCCCGUCUUGCAGAUGAUAAAUUGUAAUUGAAAAUUUCAAAGUUUAUUAUGAAGCAUGCCACUGUUUGAUGGUAAAAAUUCAUGGUACAAAAAGCACAUCACAGGGUUAUAAUUUAAAAUGUAACUUAAUAAACCAAAUGACGUGCCAAACCCACAGAUAAUCACCUUUUGUAUAAAUUUGUAGAUAUAUACUUAGAUAUUCUAGUGCUUUAGAAUAAUAAUUCUUCUUCACUAUGAGAGCAUCGCUGGCAAGUUGAAAAAGUUGUUUUUUGUAUGUCUUUUCUGAGUGUUUAAUUGUAGCAGGUUCGGACAAAGUGUCACCAAUUUUCGUGUACGAUUGAAACAAACUGUUUGCGGUUGAUUUGGUAGUGACCGCUAUCGUUUCUGUGGGGUUAAUGAGGUCGUGCGCAUGCUUUAUUUGUAAAUUAAACGUUGGGUUAAUAACACAAAAGUAUGACGGCACCAUGUGAAGAAACAUCGGAUGGAUCGAGGUUUCAAAGAGCUCUGAAAAGAGCUCCAAUAGCAUACAGUUUGUGGAACGAUUAGGUGUUCAGCGAGCUCUGAAAAGAGUUCCCGAUCGCAUACAGUUUGUUGGGCGAACGGGUGUCCAGUGAGCUCUGAAAACAGCUCCCGAUCACUAAAAGUGUGUGGGACGACCGGGGGUUCAGCGGGCUCUGAAAAGAGCUUCUGGUCGUAUACAGAUUGCUAAGCGAUCGGGGGUUCGGUGAGCUCUGAAAAGAGCUCCCGAUCUCUAACAGUUUGUCGGUCAAUGUACACCAUCAUGAUUUAACUUAGUCUGUAAAACGAAGAUUUGACAGCUGAUGCGCGUAGCAGUUUUAAAAUUCGCGGUAAUUGUGAAAAUUUUACAAGCGAAUGGAGCUGUUUAGUUUGACA